UUCAAGUGUUUCCUGUAGGAGUGCGAAUGGGACGAGAGACAGGCGUAAACGGAACACUAAGGAAAACAACAACCGGAACUCUUGGUUAAAGGCCGUAAGACUACAUUUACACUUGCGUUACAGCGUCAGAAGACACUCGGGUCGGAAGAGGCCAGCGAAGUGGCCGCCAUGGAAGCGGUGCCCCGGAUGCCCAUGAUCUGGCUGGAUCUGAAAGAGGCUGGGGAGUUUCAGUUCAGCCCGGCCGUGAGGCAGUUCAUCCUGAAGAACUAUGGGGAGAAUCCAGACAACUACAAUGAUCAGCUGAAGAAGCUGGAGCAGCUGCGCCAGAGUGCGGUCAAUGUGACCAGGGACUUUGAGGGCUGCAGCACCCUGAGGAAGUACUUCGGUCAGCUGCACUACCUGCAGAGUCGUGUGCCGAUGGGCUCCGGCCAGGAAGCCGCCGUGCCCAUCUCCUGGACCGAGAUUUUUUCUGGGAAGACGGUUACUCACGAUGACAUCUGCUAUGAACAAGCGUGCAUCCUCUACAACCUGGGGGCUCUCCACUCAAUGCUGGGUGCCAUGGACAACAGGGUGUCGGAGGAGGGCAUGAAGGUGUCCUGCACGCACUUUCAGUGCUCGGCGGGGGCCUUCUCCUACCUGAAGGACCAUUUCAGUCACAGCUUUAGUGUGGACAUGAGUCACCAGAUCCUCAACCUUAACAUCAACCUCAUGCUGGGCCAGGCUCAGGAGUGUUUGUUGGAGAAGUCAAUGCUGGAUAACAGGAAGAGCUUCCUGGUGGCUCGCAUCAGUGCCCAGGUGGUCGACUAUUACAGAGAAGCGUGCUGGGCCUUGGAGAACUCAGAUACGGCUUCUUUGUUAGGGAAGAUUCAGAAGGACUGGAAGAAGCUGGUGCAGAUGAAGAUCUACUAUUUUGCUGCCAUUGCUCAUCUGCACAUGGGGAAGCAGGCGGAGGAGCAGCAGAAGUACGGGGAAAGGCUGGCCUACCUGCAGAGCUCCCUGGACAAGCUGAAUGAGGCGAUGAAGCUGGCCAAGGGGCAGCCUGACAGUGUGCAGGAGGCCUUACGCUUCACCAUGGACGUCAUCGGAGGAAAGUUCAACUCUGCUAAGAAGGAUAAUGACUUCAUCUACCAUGAGUCUGUGCCUGCUCUGGACACGCUGCCUUCUGUUAAAGGUGCACCCCUGGUGAAGGGCCUACCGGUGAACCCUACUGACCCCAGCGUUACUGGGCCAGACAUCUUCUCCAAGCUGGUGCCGAUGGCAGCCCACGAGGCCUCCUCUCUCUACAGCGAGGAGAAAGCCAAGCUGCUGAGGGAGGUCAUGGCCAAGAUCGAGAGCAAGAACGAGACUCUGGAACAGUUUAUGGACUCGCUGUGCCUGGACCCCAACACCGUGGACAACCUGGACAUGUACGAGCACAUCCCACCCAUGCUGAUGGAGAGGUGUGCUGCCCUGAGCGUGCGGCCCGACACCGUCAAGAGCCUCGUCCAGUCCAUGCAGGUGCUGUCAGGCGUGUUCACGGAUGUGGAAGCCUCACUGCGUGACAUUCGGGAUGUUCUGGAUGAGGACGAGGCAGGAGAGCGGAGCCUGGAGGAGGCAGGGGUGAAGCCGCCCCCCCAGCCGCCCCCUCUUGCCGAGCUGCGCCGUGACCUUGAGAAAUAUCUGGAAGCUCAUGAGAAAGCCAGCUUCACCAAUACCGAGCUACACCGUGCCAUGAACCUUCAUGUGCCCCACCUGCGGCUGCUGGGAGGGCCGCUGGACAGCCUGCGGGAGACGCUGCCACAACCCCAGCUCAGUGAGGACGAGCUUGCAAGUCUUCACUGCAUGAAGCGCAUUCUGGGGAAGGUGCAGGAAAUGCGAGACCAGCGGAGCUCCCUAGAGAAGCAGUUGCGCGACCUUAUCCAGCAAGACGACAUCACGUCCGUCCUGGUCACCACUGAACGUGCAGACAUGAAGAAAUUGUUUGAGGAGCAGCUGAAGAAAUACGAUCAGGUGAAGCUCUACAUUGACCAGAAUCUGGCCGCCCAGGAGAACAUCCUCAAAGCGCUAACGGAGGCUAACGUGCAGUAUGCCAUGGUGCGCAAGGGCCUGACGGAGACGGAGCACAAGUGGAACAACACCGUGCAGAUGCUGGUCUCCUCCUAUGAGGCCUAUGAGGACCUCAUGAAGAAGUCCCAGGAGGGCAGAGAGUUCUACCAGGACCUGGAGGGGAAGGCCUCCCAGCUGCUGGAGAAGGCCCGCAGCACAUGCAAGGCCCGUGAGGAGGAGCGCCGAGCCCUUCUGGAGAGGGAGCUUCAGAAGAAAGCCCCCCCUCGGCCCACGGCCCCUAAACCCCCCCUGCAGAAGAAACCAUCUGAGAUGGACUCCUCCAGCUCCCUGGAAGACCCUGAACUGGCCCAGAUUAACGCGGCCAUCCUCAGUCUGGGGGGGGAUGUCCCUGAGGAGCUACGCAGCAUGCCCCCAGACAUGUCCUUCCCAGGGGUGGGAAGGGUAGGAGCUCGCCCCCCCGGCCCUGACACCUUCUUGCCUGGGGGUGCCCCCGUGCCCUCGCUGCACUGGCCGAUAGCCGGCUCAGCUCCUUAUGCCCAGCUGCCUCGCUUCCCCCCCCAGCAGGCCCAGAGUUGCGGCCCUGCUCCCCCGACAGGCCCCCCCCCGGGAUCUCUGCCUCAGCCGCAGCCGCCUCACUCUAGCCAGCCCCACUUUCCCCAGCCUUCACCUGUGCCUGGUUACGCCCUUCCGCAGUCCCAGCCGUGCCCACCAGGGGGUCCAGUUGUCGUGAGACCAUCCACUACCACGGUGGACAGCGUGCAGACACCCAUUCCCAGCUACGCCUCGACCCCCCGCCAUGCAAUGCCCCCCAUCACCUCUACUGGUUAUAUGCCCCCACCUCAGAUGGGCCAUUUUCCCCAGUAUCCCCCCCAAGUACGAAUGCCCCCUCAGGGAUACCCCCAGCCACAAGUCCCAUUUCCCCAGCAGCCCCCACAGGUACAGGGCCAGUAUCCCCAGUACAUGCCCCCACACUUCCAGCAGCCUGCCUUUGCAGGGCAGCUCCCACCUCACAGCCACCCAGGCUUGCCGGCCCCACCUCCUCGGCCAGGCUAUCCCCCUUCCCAUGUGAUGCCUGGCCCCAACCCAGUGCCCCCAGCCUCCCAGGUCUCCCCAUAUCCUGGCCAAACCCCAUUGCCACGAGCAACCCUCCCCCCCCAACAGCCGAUGCAUCCAGCAUCUGCCCCCUCCAAGCCUCCUGGCAUUCUACCCCACCAGCCUCAGCUGCCCCCGGCCUCUAGUCCCGCCCAGCACCCCCUUCCUCUCGGCAUUCUGCACUCCGUGCCUCCUGGUGUUCUGCUCCACCAGCCUCAACAGCCCCAGUUGCCUUCGGUUUCUGUUCCCUCCAAGCCGCAGUUGCCUCCUGGUGUUUUGCCCCACCAGCCCCAAAUGCCCCCAGCCUCUGCCCCCUCCCAACCACUGUUGCCUCAUGGUGUUCUGCCCCACCAUCUCCAAAUGCCCCCAGCCUCUGCCCCCUCGCAGCCCCCUUUGCCUCCUGGUGUUCUCCCCCGCCUGCCCCAAAUGCCCCCAGCCUCUGCCCCUUCCCAGCCAACGUUGCCUCCAGGUGUUCUGCCCCGCCAUCUCCAAAUGCCCCCAGCCUCUGCCCCCUCCCAGACCUUGAUGCCUCAUGGUGUUCUGCCCCACCAGCCCCAAAUGCCCCCAGCCUCUGCCCCCUCGCAGCCCCCUUUGCCUCCUGGUAUUCUGCCCCACCAGCCCCAAAUGCCCCCAGCCUCUGCCCCCUCGCAGCCCCCUUUGCCUCCUGGUAUUCUGUCCCACCAGCCCCAAAUGCCCCCAGCCUCUGCCCCCUCCCAACCACCGUUGCCUCAUGGUGUUCUGCCCCACCAGCCCCAAAUGCCCCCAGCCUCUGCCCCCUCGCAGCCUAUUCCGCCUGCUGGCCAUUUGCCCCCUAAUCCUCAGCUGCCUCUUGCCUCUCUGCCUGGUCUGCCCCAGCAGUCAGGGACAGUGUGCUACACGGGAGGGGGUCCCGUCAUGCCCCAGCCUCCUGCUGGCCCUGUUCAGCCGCAGAGUUCCUGCCCCGGUUACUGUCCCCCUACCCCACCUCCCGGGGGUCAUGUACCCCAACCAGCCCCUACCCCACCACCAAUGCUGCCACCCGGUUCGGGCUCAUCAGCCAGCCAGCCCCCCAGCAUGAUGUCGCCAUCUCCCUCCCCAGUGCUUAUACCCCAGCACCCCUCUCCUUCUCCCUCCCUCACUGGAAGCACAGGAGUGACCCACCUCCCCCAUCCUGGCUCUGCCUCCUCUCCCCCCGUGUCCUCCGCCUCCCCACCUCCCGCCAGCAGCUUGGGCCCCUUAUUCCAGCGAAUGAGUUCCAGCACAGAUGACCUCCUGUCCAGCAGCCCUGAGGGUCUGCACGGGGGCCCCAAGGCGGCCGGCCACGUACUGCUACCCACCAAGGCGGACCCGCAGGACGGGCAGCGCUCCCGGCAGCCCGCAGGUGUGCGGCUUAUAGAGGGCGACCCCUAUGGCGCCCCGGGCCGCGUCCAGAGGCUGCGCGAGGACCUGGAGCGUUUCGGCGCGGAGGUGCAGGCGCUGGCGGAGCCGGCCGAGCUGGACAGCCACUGGCGGGAGCUACAGGAGCAGCAGGAGCGCGACGUUCGCCAGCUCUCCAUCGCUGUGGCGCGCUGCUACAGCAUGAAGAACCGGCGGCAGGACGUCAUGCCCUAUGACUGCAACCGUGUGCUGCUGAGCUCCGGCAAGGACGACUACAUCAAUGCCAGCACCGUGGAGGAGCUGUCCCCUUACUGCCCCCACUUCAUCGCCACGCAGGCCCCGCUGCCCGGCACCGCCGCCGACUUCUGGCUCAUGGUGUACGAGCAGAAGGUGUCGUUGGUGGUCAUGCUGGUGUCGGAGCAGGAGCUGGAGAAGCAAAAGGUGCCGUGCUACUUCCCGUCAGAGCGCGGCCAGCAGCUGUGCCACGGGCCCAUCGUGCUGACGCUCACCACGCAGAAGGCCACGCCCACUCAUGUGGAGCGUAUGAUCAGCCUGCAGUACCGGGACCAGAGUCUGCGGCGCACUGUCAUGCACCUGCAGUUCACCUCCUGGCCUGAGCUGGGGCUCCCAGACAGCCAGAGCAAUCUGAUCCGCUUCAUCCAGGAAGUCCAUGGACACUACCUGCACCAGCGCCCUCUACACACUCCGAUCGUAGUGCACUGCAGCUCGGGGGUGGGCCGUACUGGUGCUUUCUGCCUCCUGUAUGCAGCACUGCAGGAGCUCGAUGCUGGAAAUGGCAUCCCUGACCUGCUGUCACUGGUGAGGAAGAUGAGGCAGCAGCGGAAGAACAUGCUGCAAGAGAAGCUUCACCUCAAGUUCUGCUACGAAGCUGUCCUGAUGCACGCAGAGCAGGUUCUCCAGCGCCAUGGAAUCCCCAGCAUCCCCUGCAACAGAACCCCCAACAGUCCGGUUGUCAGGGCGUACUCGCGUCAGGAGUCCCAGGAUAUUGUCCUUGGUGGGGACAUGCCAAUCAGCUCUAUCCAGGCUACCAUCGCCAAACUGAGCAUUCGGCCACCGAGCAGCAGCCCGGAGCAGGGCGCAAUCUUGGGUUCCGACCUCCCCGGGAAGCCAGAGCCAAACAGCAUGACCGCCAUCCAUGCCCCCUACACUGCACCCCAGCCCCUGUCUCUCAGCCCUCCCCAUUCCCUAUCCCCCUCCCCACCAAUGAAGGUGCAGUCCCCUCCGCCUCCCACUACAGACCAGGGCAGCAGCCUGGAUGGCUCUGUCAAUCACCUCCCUGGCCCCACCCCUGCUGCCAAUCACCACCCGACUCCGCCCCAACCCACAAGCUCCUCCUCCUCCUCCCUGGAGCUGCUGGCUUCCCUUACGCCUGAGGCGUUCACUCUAGACAGCGGCAGCCGAGGGAAACCCCGGAUCAACAAGCAGAGCUUCCUGCAGCCACACAACGGGCAGGGCCUGCAGCGAGAGCCAUCCGGGGACGACCCGCUUAGCAGCCUGGACCCGCUGUGGACACUCAGCAAGACCUGAAGAGCCACUGCCCUCCUGUCCCUUAUGCUUUGUCCCUGUUCUCCCUUUCCAUUCUGUCCCUUGGGACCACAUCACUGUGGGUCUGUCUGCCUUGUGUUCCCCUGAACAUCUCUAGCGGCCCUCUGGCUAUCCAAGCAUGCUCUCCUGUCCUGCUGUGUAGCACCUCUGCCUCGUGCUGUGCUGUCCUCCUGUCUCUCCUCGUGUGGCCAGUCUGCAUGAGAAAGGCAGCGACUGUGGUGGGUACGUUCUGAGGUCCAGAAGAUCUAAAUUCCUAUCAGCUGUGUGUUGGGGGGGGGGGGGGGUUUAAGAACACAGUAGAAUUUAACUGGAAUUGUGGACACAAGACGGCCGUGCUGGUUGCUGUUUGGCCAGGAUCCUAAUUAGCUUCUUGUAUAGCAGGUAUACACACACACACACACACACACACACACACACUACAGUGGUGUAUCUGAUCUGAUUGGGUGAUUGUACGUAUAUAUGACGAACAGAAUGGAAGAUUAGUUAUUACUGAAAUUGGCUUUAAUAAUACUGAUUUCCCCAUUGCCUUGCUCGCUCUCUUACCUACAAAAACACACCAGAAUCAGCAGACCAGAAAUCGUAAUGCAUAUUUUUAACUCCUCUUUGCUUCUUUUCUUAUAACCCUGUAAAUACACCUGGAUUAAAGUAAGUGUUCUGAGAGUGA